AUGUGGAUCGAAAGUACGUCAGAGGUUCAAAAUCCCUACACAGUGCAGGAAGCUUGCAGCUGCAUUCUGAAGCAACGAAACAUGGAUCCACCAUGUUCCACCAGCGACCACUUCCGAAUGAAGCUGCUAGCUCGAAGAGAAGCAUGUCCACUUUUGCAGAGAGCAUGCAGUAUUCCAGGAAGUAUCAUGGCCCAUGUUGCUGUUUCCACGCCGUGUAUUUGGGAGCAGCAUGGCCUGCCGGAUACGCGUCGCUCUUGCCUCGGUGGAAGCGUCAGCAAGAAGACAACCCAAUCCGAAGCUGCGAAGAAACAACUUCAAAACUCCAGCCCCAAAGGCCAUAUAAUAUAG